AUGGUGGAUUGCCACAUUCUCCUUGGUGGAUUGCCACAUUCUUCUCCUAACUUUUCCGUCGCAAGGUGCCAUCAAUCCGUCAAGAACCUCGUACAAAUGGGUGUUAAGGUCACCAUUAUCAUUAGUCUCUCUGCUCACUGUCGCAUGACCAAAUCCAACAGCACAAUCCCAAAUGGCUUAUCCUUAUCUGCCUUCUCCGGUGGCUAUGAUGACGGGUUCAAAGAAGGGGACAACCACGAACACUUCCUGUCUCAGUUCAAAAUUCGCAGUUCCAAUGCCAUGGCGGAACUCAACAAGGCUGGUGAUGAAGGCGGCUACACAGUAACUUGUUUGGUCCACACUAUGGCUCAACCAUGGGUUCCUGAAGUUGCUCAUGCCCAUCACAUCCCAUCCGCACUUCUAUGGACUCAACCAGCCACAGUUUUUGAUAACUUCCACUAUUACCUCAAUGGCUAUGGUGAUGCCAUUAGAAAAAUUGUCAAUGACCCUUCAAGCUCCAUUCAGUUGCCGUGGUUGCCAUUGCUCCCUAGCCGCGACCUUCCAUCUUUUCUACUCCCUCCACACAGACAAAUACGGCAUUCCUGA